AGUCAGAAACGAAGAACAUUUAAGCCAACAUUAUCAACAGAAACUCAGAGAAAAGCCCCCAACGGCCUGCUUAGUUUGUCCCUCUGUUCCUCUCUCUCCCUCCGUAUAGCAGAAGCACACCCUUUGCUUUUCCCCGACGAAGUUGAACACAGCUUAAAAAGUCUAGAGCCAAGCAAUUCAUAUACAAAUAGACAGAAAGACAGAGGGAGAGAAGAAACAUGCCUGCAAGUUUAGACCCAUUGGAUGUGGGGGUGAUUCAGAUCCCUUAUCAUUUCCGGUGUCCGAUUUCUCUGGAGCUUAUGCGAGAUCCGGUGACCGUUUGUACCGGUCAGACGUAUGACAGAGCAAGCAUAGAGUCUUGGGUGGCCACCGGGAAUACGACGUGCCCGGUUACGAGAGCGACGUUGACGGAUUUUACUCUCAUACCAAACCAUACUCUCCGGCGGCUUAUUCAGGAGUGGUGCGUAGCGAACCGAGCCUUUGGAGUGGAGCGCAUUCCGACACCGAAGCAGCCUGCUGACCCCGGUUUGGUCCAGUCCCUGUUGAGCCAAGCCUCGUCCGUGUCCAGUAAUUUGAAUUCCAGGCUUUCUGCUCUGGGGAGACUCAGAGGAUUAGCUCGUGACUCGGAUAAGAACCGGUCCGUGAUUUCCGCGAAUAACGCGCGGCAAGUUCUGCUCUCAAUCGUGUUCUCCAAUUUGGAUUCGAAUUCGUCCGAGUUAACUCACGAGGCGCUCUCGAUUUUAUCGAUGUUCCAGCUCUCGGAGGCGGAGUGCGUGUUCGUAGCUUCCGAUCUGGACCGAGUCGGAUAUCUCGUGUCUCUGCUCUCUCAUCCUUCGAUAGAUGUUCGAGUUAACUCAGCCGCGUUGAUAGAGUCCGUCGUCGCUGGAACGAAAUCGCCAGAGCUACGAUCUCAAAUCAGCAAUGCCGACGAAAUCUUCCAAGGAAUCGUCGGAAUCCUCAAUCAUCCGUCGACGCAUCCGAGAGCCUUGAAAAUGGGAGUAAAGGCGCUGUUCGCCCUGUGCUUGGUGAAACAACACCGGCAAAAAGCGGUUAUCGCGGGAGCAGUGGAAGCGUUGAUAGACAGGUUACAAUACCUGGAAAAGUGCGACGCCGAACGAGCGCUGGCCACGGUGGAGCUCCUCUGCCGGAUUCCGUCCGGAUGCGCGGCGUUCGCCGCCCACGCGCUCACCGUCCCGCUCCUCGUCAAAAUCAUCCUGAAGAUCUCCGACCGAGCAACAGAGUACGCCGCCGGAGCUCUCCUCUCGCUCUGCUCCUCCUCCGAACAAGCUCAGCGCGACGCCGUCGCCGCCGGCGUAUUGACUCAGUUACUACUCCUCGUCCAGAGCGGCUGCACCGAGCGAGCGAAACGGAAAGCGCAAAUGCUUUUGAAACUGCUCCGCGACUGUUGGCCCGACGAUUCCAUUGUAAAUUCAGAUGAUUUUGCUCGCAGCGACGUCGUUCAGUUUUUACGAUAGACCAAUACCCCUUUUUGUAAUUUCAGGUAAAAAUUAAAACCGUCAAAAACAAACUAUAUGGAAUUGGUCCAUUGUAAGUAAUUCUUUGUACGUAAAAUUAUCUUUUCCACAGUGGAAAUUUUCCUUCUUUUAAUUUUUUA